AUGGUACAGUAGAACACCAGAGAAAAAGCAGACUCCAUGAAGUGAAUUGGGAACUGAAAUUUGAGUGUCAACUAUCAAAUCUGAUGAAACAAUAUGGAUUUUCAUCGAUACUGAAAAAUAAAAUAAAAUUGGAGUAGAGACAAAGCUUCAUCAGGAUAUGAUAAAUUCAGGCUGAGUAAAACAUUUUCAAGAUUUGAAAAUAAUCAUGGGGGAUGCACCUGAAAAUAAACAACAUCUAGCAGAGAGUCCCCCAGAACAACGCCUGUCUCGUUUGUCAAUUCCAUCAACUUCACAAAAUAAACACAAGCCUUCGGAUGAGCAGAAAUUAAAAGAAUCAAAACAAAACAAGGCCAAAAAAUUUCCCACCAGUCAAGGCCACUUCAGUUUAAGCACAAAUUCUCCUAAACUUUCAAGUCUAAAACAGCCUUUGAGACAUUUUCUAGUGUCUGACAAACCAUUUUUACCAGUAACACCUUCAAGAUUUACGCUGAACAAGAACUGUAAUUCAAAUGCACCCUUACAACUAAAUGCUCAAAAAUCUUUACAAUUGUCAGAUAAUUACAAGAAAUGUAACUCAAAAGCACCCUUAAAACUUAAUGCUCAGAAAUUUUUACAAUUGCCAGAUAAUCAAUUGAAAGUGGAUCAAUCAGGCAUGGCAGUGCUCAGUUCCAAGGAGGUGGAACCCAAGCAUGUUGAUUCAUCUUCCACUGCGUCAACUGAAACUGGUUGUACGAAUAAAGUCUCAUAUACUUUUUCUUCUACACAUGGAAGUGAGAGUGCAGUAGAAGGAGGGUCCCUCGAGGAACAAUAUCUGCUAUCUGACAAUCGUUGGAAAUCUGAUCUGUCACAUGUGCCGUCUUCAGAAGACAUUAAGUCUGAGGGCUUUGAUUUUUCCCUUCAGAGUUUCCCAGAAACUGAUUCCAUGCAUCAAUUCUCCUCUGAAAAUUCUCCACAGCCAAAUUCAAAUGUUGCGACAAAAUCUUUUCAUUCCUCAUUUAGUGAGUCUCCAGGAUUCCUUUCCAUUUGCAGUGACUCAACUGAUAAUUCUUCAUGGCAGGGAAUAGAAAUCUCCAACGAUGUUAAAGUCUUGGAUAUAUCAUUGAGUGAUUUUCCAGACACAGAUUCCAUGGGCAAGGACUCAAUUGAAAUUUUCUCAGAGCAUGGAACUGAAGGGUCUGAUAAAGUGAGAACCAGAAAUUUUGAUUUAUCUUUUAUUGAGUCCUUAGAAUCUGACUCCAGGUGCAGUGACUCAACUAAAAAGUUUUCACAGCAGGGAAAGAAAGGGCCAAAUUCUGAAAUUAUUCAGACCAAGGCUUCUGAAACAUUAUCUGUAAAGCCUCUCAAAACUGAUCUCAUGUGUGAAAAUUAUUCACAGCACAGAACUGAAGGAGCCAAUUCUAAACCUGUUAAGACUAAAGUCUAUGAGACAUCAAUUAAUGAGCCCCCAGAAAACAAUUCCAUGUGUAAUAACACAACUAAAACUCCUCUACAGCACAAAACUGAAUCAACAAAAGAGCAAUCAACUAUAGGAGAGAGCCAUGUCUCUGUUUCAUUCCUACCCAUCCCUCACUCUGAAGUGAAGCGUCUUCCUUCCCAGCAUAAAAAAGGACGUAUCACUGAAGAGGGCAAGGAUCAGUUAAGCUUACGGGUGUCCAGAGUCGGUGAACAAGCAAAUCCAAAAAAGAGGCAGCAGCCGAGUGGUCAGUCGAAAGACGUGAAAGAGAGGCUGGAGAACUUGGAAUUAGAGGAAAGCCCAGAAAAAUCUUAUGGAAAAAGACAAGCUUUAGAACAAGACCGAACAGAAUCCAACAAGAAGCUCCGAGCUCUCAAAUGUGAACACUGUAAACACUUAAUGCAAUCAAAAAACAUGGAAUUAGCUAAUAACCUUGAUAUUUCAUGUGAGAUUUGUUCUAAAGAGUUUGAUUGCUAUUGUGCUUUGAAUUUUCACAAACUGACCAAUCACACUGAGAAGAGAUCCCAUUGCACAAUAUGUUGCAAGGUUAUAGGUGACUCUGAAUUAUCCGAGCAUUUACAGAAUCGUGCGCAGACAUCACGGGACCUAGUGAUUACGUGUAACACAUGUAAUGCCAACAGAAAUAAAUGGUCCAACAGAACGAUUUUUAAGAAAAAAUCUUUCUGUACUCACCUGCAAGGGAAAGACACUCUUUAUAACAAUGUCUUAAUCAAAUGUCCUCAAUGCUCGGCUGAGUUUGACAGACUGGAGAUUUUUGAAAGUCAUAAAGAAAAAAUGCACUAAUUUUCAACAUGGUUCAUAUUUAUAAGAAUCAACAGAUUAAAAAUUUUAUUUUCACAGUUUGAAGGUUUUUAACUUCAGUAUAUAUUUUUAUAUACUGGCUAUGUAAUUUGUGCGACUGAAUACAAGUAUUUUUACAAUUAUUGUACAUGAUGUACAGAUUACAUGUAAUUCUUGCCCCAAGAACACCAUUAUCUCAGAUACCAUGGGUAUGUUGAUGUGAUUUUGAAGUCUUGUGUUUUCUUAUUUUUUUUAGGUAUUUUACAGUCAAUAUCUCAAAUCAUCAGAUAACUUGAUUUUUUUUUUCAGUCCCAUUGAGUUUGAAAUAUCCAGGCUUGACUGUAAAUGUUUUGUUUAUUUGAACAAAACUCAAAGAAAACCAAUUACAUUUAUGUCGGCUGAUUUCUUUCAAAGAUACUGAAUGGAAAUAUUCAGGUAUUGAAAUUUCUAAAUUUAAACCCAAAGAAAAACAUUUUUGUAUUGUAUUAUUUGAUUGUUAUUGGAAAAAUUGUAAAUUGUAAAUAGCAGAAAUUACUUGUUACAUUGGGAUACAUAUACAUGUAGUUUUCACCAACUUGAAGUGUGCUAUAUGUAGCAAACACUUUCAUGCUUUGGAAUUCACUUAAUAACAGCAAGGCGGUUUUUCUUUCCCAAUGUUUAUAAUGUUAUGUAUUAAAACAUGACAUACAUUGUAUACAAUGAAUUACUCAGUUUAUAUAUAAACAUACUUGUCCGUCCCUGGCUUUUCUGUAUAAGUGUGUUUAACUGUAUCAGGUUUGAAGCAGCAUUGACUGGCUUAAAAAUUGCAGGGAAUUCAUGACAUUUCAUGUCUUUUUUAUACAUUGAAAAUUGUACCACCUGUUUAAAUAUUGUGAACAUCAAAUAAAAAUGUGUGAAUUAAA